AUGAUCUCCACAACAUACUUGUUAUGCUUAGUAAUAUUCAUUUUACUGACACAUGCAGUGUAUUCAAGUGAAACACCAGGUGCAACUGUUGUGAACUACGAUGCUGAAACAUUUGUGGAAGGACUGAAAAGAAAUAGAAAUUUUGUUAUGUUUUACGCCCCUUGGUGUGGACACUGUAAAAACCUGGCACCAACAUGGGAGGAACUAGGAAGAAUCUACAACAAUGCAGAAAAUAGUCCUGUUAUUAUUUCUAAGGUUGACUGCACUGUCUACAAAGAUCUUUGUGCUCUCCAUAACAUCCUUGGCUUUCCUACUUUGAAGUUGUUCACCGAUGGCGGGACCCACAAUAUACGUUACAAGGGCAGACGAGACCUUGAGUCUCUGAAGAAGUUUAUUCAACAGAAGAGCUCUGAUAAGGAAAGUGGGGCAGCAGAAACAGAGAAGGCGAAUCUAGCAAGUGUGGACAAACCCAAAAUAGAUCCAGUUAUCCUCACGAGUGAAAAUUUUGCAGAAACUAUUGGGAAAGGAUAUUUCUUUAUUGACUUUUUUGCCCCGUGGUGUGGUCAUUGUAAGCAGCUGGCGCCAGUUUGGGAACAUCUUGCAGAAACAUAUAAUUCUGAUAACAAAGUCACCAUUGCCAAGAUAGACUGUACUGAGAAUGCAGGUGUAUGCAAACAGUAUGAUAUCACCGGCUACCCCACAUUACUCUGGUUUAAAAAUGGACAGAAAGUUGAUAAGUAUAAAGGUCAGCGAACAUAUGAAGCUCUCAGGAAAUACGUGGCAGCUCAGAUUUCCGAGGAAACAGUAGACAGGGUUGAGGCAAAACCGCCAGCUUCCCUUAAAACAAGCAGGGUAGUGAAACUGACAGGCCAGACAUUUGAGUCUCACAUAACUUCAAACAACCUUGUUUUUAUCAAGUUUUUUGCCCCUUGGUGUGGGCAUUGUAAGAAGCUGAUUCCGGUGUGGGAGGAGUUAGCUGAAGCCUUUCAUGAUCAGCCAGUGUCUAUAGCAGAAAUUGACUGUACUCAGAAUGAGGAUAUAUGCAAGAAGUACCAG